GUUCACUUGCUAUAUCCGCAUACACUGGUUUUCAAUCAGCGGUCAAGCUGAAUACGACAUGGAAUGUCACAAAUGAAGCACAAACCACCAACUCUUCCCUUUCAGCUUUGAGUUCUCAAGUAAAGUGCCCUUCCUAUCCCCUCCUUCGAAAUGAUGACCAAAUAAGCCCUGAAGAAAGAACUUAUGUGAUGAACAGAAAGCAGGAAGCAAAAAAACACGUGGUUGAUCUUUUCACUCGCUUUAACAUUGAUGAAGUGAGCUCCAAUUUUUUUGACAGCUAUACCCCUAGUAUAGCUAUAAGCUUAUCGGGAGGCUCAUUUAGGUCUUUCCUUACUGCUGCUGGAGUUUUAGAAGCAUUUGACUCUCGGACUCCCGGGGCAACAGAUUAUGGCCAUCUGGGAGGAUUAUUGCAAUCGACAACGUAUAUGGCUGGGGUCUCUGGUGGCUCGUGGUUGAUUUUAUCGUUGAUGCAAUACGAUUUUGGACCUAUUAGUGAGUUGAAACUAAACGGAUCCUGGAAGCUCAACUCAUCAUCACUUCGAGGGCUACCCGAACUCAACAUCAAAUUUAAGGACUCUCAAAGAUUGUUAGGGGAUUUUCCAGCCAAUAUGCCAACAGUAACUGUGAAGACCUCCAACUCAUCAUCGUCGUUUAUGGUAUACUUCAAGAGUCUCUUCAAGCUCAACCAAUUGAAAAAUAACAGGAACGAAAUGGACUCAAACUGGAAUGAGGCUUUGCAAUUUUAUGAGACGCUACAUGAAGAAGUUGCGCAACGCAAACAACAUGGAUAUAAGACUUCUCUGACAGACUACUGGGGAAAAGCUAUUGGUGAUGUCAUCUUCUCCAGCAAUGGUCCCCACGACAUGACCAUGUCCGGUGCCAGAAAUCUAUCGAGCUUUAAAUAUCAUAUGCUACCUUUUCCAAUUAUCUUGACCAAUUCUAAAAACGUCCACAAAUCGAAUGAAGGUCACAGAAGAAUAUUUGAGUUCAACCCGUAUGAAUUUGGAUCAUGGGAGGAAUAUCUUAAAGCUUUUGUAAGGUUGGACUACUUGGGAACAAAGAUGUUGAACGGCAAGCCAUUCACAGGGCUAUGCACAAUUGGCUAUGAUGAGAUGACCUUCAUAGCAGGAACUUCUUCAAGCUUAUUCAACAGUAUUUUAGGCCACUUUUGGAAAUAUAUGGCUAGAUCAAAGAAACAAACAUAUGAGUCUAUGAAAACCAUUCUGAAUGUCUUUGGCUUGACUUCCUGCGAAGAUAUCAAUGCUAACAAGUACAUGGCAGAUUAUGCUCUCAUCUACCCAAACCCAUUUCACGGAUAUGGCAAUACAACUCUCUCAAGCACAGUUCGAAAUUCCACAGAUCUGUAUCUUGUUGAUGGUGGCGAAGAUGAGAACAUCCCUUUUCAGCCUUUCCAUCAGAAAGCAAGACAUGUUGACGUAGUCAUUGCAAUCGACUCAAGCUCUGAUCUUGACAACUUCCCAAACGGAACAAACAUAGGCAUUACGUCAAGUCAGUACCAGAAAUCCAAAUCGUUUUUUGUGUAUGACGAAAAACGUUAUGCGGUGUUUCCCAAUAUACCAUCUCCUGAAAUAUUCGUUGAAAACAAGCUUAAUAAACGCCCUGUGUUCUUCGGCUGUCACAUUCAGUCAGCUUACAAAUAUCUUGGCGAAGAAUCAAAAUACUCCAAUAAGACCUCAGAAACCUGGCUACCCCCGCUAAUUGUGUACAUACCAAAUACCGGGUAUACAACAGAUUCCAAUAAGUCGACAUUCAAGUUGAGCUAUGAAGAGAAUGAAAUGGCAACGAUGAUCGAGAAUGGGUACUCAGUGGGGACUUAUGGAAACAACUCCUAUGACCAGACCUAUUUCCAGUGUAUCGGGUGCGCCAUCAUUAAACGGGAGCUGGAUACAACAGGUAGAAAUAUCCCUAAGACAUGCCAAAAAUGCUUUGAAAACUUCUGUUAUAAUUAAAGCUCACUGAUCAGGCUUUGAAUUUCGGUGGAAUCUUUGACAGUCUAAUAGUAUAUCUUUGGUUGUGGCCCGAGCCAGCAUUUUCAUGUUCGAUCUCGUGUAGGUGAUGCAAUAACUCAUGCUCGACAUCUUCUGCAUGUUGCACCAUCACGUCGGGAUCAUUUUCCGCAUGAUACUGGAUCCAGUGAUGUUUUUCAUAUUCUUCCUCAAAAUCAUACUCGUGUCCUGGACCGUACCCAAAAUCUGGAAACUCUCCGCCUUUGCUAGAGUAUUCCAUCCACUCAUCAAAGGAAAUCUCUCCGUCACCGUCUUUAUCGAUUAGUGACAUCACUUGUUGAACAAGGUGAUUCUUCAUAUCGUCUGUGAUGACUUCGGUGUCAUCGUGAGAUCCUGUACCGUCUCCCCUUCCAACUACUUCCUCUCUCAACAACCCGUACAUUCUCAGAAUAUCAAGUUUGCUGAGACGUUUAGCAUUUCUUGUAUCGUGGAGAAUAAAUACAGAUUUAGCGUCCGCAUGAUCUAGGUCAUGCUCUUGUUUCAUAUGCCAUCUUUGCCAUGAUCCCUCAAAUUCAUCUGGAACUUUCUCUCUCAAUUCUUGACUGGAGGUUCCUUCCUGAUGUGCGAUAGCAAUCCAG